ACGGCGCAGAUUUGAGACUGGAGAUUCGAGCUGCAAAGCCGACUUCCUUUGGUAUCGCUACUCUCAUCUCAUUCUCCGGUUGAAACUUUUUCCCCGUGUUUUACAUCGAAUAUCCAGUUUCCCCUGUGGUUUCGCUCUGUCGUAUCUCGGCAGCUGAAGCAUGGCGACUUUUGCCAAGCCUGAGAAUGCACUGAAGCGUGCAGAUGAACUCAUCAAUGUCGGCCAGAAGCAAGAUGCCCUCCAGGCGCUUCACGAUCUCAUUACCUCCAAGAGAUACAGAGCUUGGCAGAAGCCUCUUGAAAAAAUCAUGUUCAAGUAUCUGGAUCUUUGUGUUGACCUGAGGAGGGGCCGGUUUGCCAAGGAUGGGUUGAUCCAGUACCGUAUUGUUUGCCAGCAAGUGAACGUGAGUUCAUUGGAAGAAGUGAUCAAGCACUUCCUACAUCUGGCCACCGAGAAAGCAGAGCAGGCCCGUAGCCAGGCAGAAGCCCUUGAGGAGGCACUUGAUGUGGAUGACCUUGAAGCAGAUAAGAGGCCUGAAGAUUUGAUGCUUAGUAUUGUCAGUGGGGAGAAGGGAAAAGACAGGUCUGACCGUGAGCUGGUCACUCCAUGGUUCAAGUUUUUGUGGGAGACCUACAGGACAGUUCUUGAGAUCUUGCGAAACAACUCAAAGUUGGAAGCUUUGUAUGCGAUGACUGCACAUAGAGCCUUCCAGUUCUGUAAGCAGUAUAAAAGAACUACUGAGUUUCGGAGGCUCUGCGAAAUUAUCAGAAAUCAUUUAGCCAAUCUUAACAAAUACAGAGACCAAAGGGACCGGCCUGAUUUAUCAGCCCCUGAGAGCUUGCAACUUUAUCUGGAGACAAGAUUUGAGCAGCUAAAAGUUGCGACUGAGCUUGGACUGUGGCAGGAAGCUUUUCGUUCAGUGGAAGAUAUUUAUGGGUUGAUGUGCAUGGUCAAGAAAACGCCCAAGUCAUCUUUGUUGAUGGUUUAUUAUUCCAAACUGACUGAGAUUUUCUGGAUUUCAUCUAGCCAUCUUUACCAUGCUUAUGCAUGGUUCAAGCUGUUUAGCCUUCAGAAAAAUUUCAACAAGAACUUGAGCCAAAAGGACUUGCAACUAAUUGCAUCAUCUGUUGUCUUGGCGGCUUUAUCUGUUCCGCCCUUUGAUCAUGCUCUCGGUGCAUCCCAUUUGGAGCUUGAGAAUGAGAAAGAACGCAAUUUGAGGAUGGCCAACCUCAUAGGUUUCAAUCUGGAACCUAAGUUUGAGGGCAGGGAUAUGCUUUCCCGGUCAGCGCUUUUAUCUGAGCUGGUGUCUAGAGGCGUUUUGAGCUGUGCAACUCAGGAGGUCAAAGAUCUUUUCCAUCUUUUGGAGCACGAGUUUCACCCUCUUGAUCUUGGUUCCAAGAGUCAGCCUUUGUUGGAUAAGAUUUCCAAACUUGGUGGGAAGCUAUCUUCAGCCCCCUCUUUACCUGAAGUCAAGCUGUCUCAGUACGUUUCUGCUUUGGAGAAGCUCGCUACUCUCAGGCUGCUUCAGCAGGUGUCACAGAUUUAUCAGACUAUAAAAAUUGAGAGUUUAUCUCAGUUGAUCCCUUUCUUCGACUUCUCAGUUGUUGAGAAGAUAUCAGUUGAUGCUGUGAAGAACAAUUUCACUACCAUGAAAGUUGACCACAUGAAGGGUGUUGUCAUUUUUGGAAAUUUGGGUAUUGAGUCUGACGGUCUGCGGGAUCAUCUGGCUAUUCUUGCUGAGUCUUUGAACAAAGUAAGAGCUAUGCUAUAUCCUGCUCCAAGUAAAGCAUCAAAACUGGGUGACAUAUUACCAACUCUGGGAGAGACCGUGGAAAAGGAGCACAAAAGGCUGAUUGCGCGGAAAACAAUUAUUGAGAAAAGGAAGGAAGAACUAGAGCGUCAUCAAUUGGAAAUGGUAUUUGUUUUAUGCAAACAUCGUUCAUACUUGACCUCAGGCCUGCUGAACCUGAAAAUAAUUUUCUUCUUACGUUUAAAGGAACGGGAAGAGGAGCAAAGAAGGCUUAAACUUCAGAGGAUAACUGAAGAGGCAGAACAGAAGAGACUUGCUGCAGAGCUUGAGGAGAGAAGGAGACAAAGGAUUCUUCGGGAGAUAGAAGAGAGGGAGCUUGAAGAAGCACAAGCAUUGCUGGAGGACACUGAAAAACGCCUGAAGAAGGGCAAAAAGAAGACUCUUUUAGAUGGAGAGAAGGUGACCAAAAAAAGUGUGAUGGCAAGGGCCUUAAGUGAGCAGCUGAAGGAGAGGCAAGAAAUGGAGAAGAAGCUCCAAAAACUUGCCAAAACUAUGGAUUAUUUGGAGCGUGCAAAAAGAGAAGAGGCAGCUCCGUUGAUUGAAGCUGCGUAUCAACGACGUUUAGUCGAAGAAAGGGAGCUUCAUGAACGCGAGCAACAGCGUGAGGUUGAGCUCAGCAGGGAGCGUCACGAGAGUGACCUGAAGGAAAAGAACAGAUUGGCCAGAAUGCUGGAUAGUAAGAAUGUAUUCCAGGAGAGAGUGAUUAAACGUAGACAAGCAGAAUUUGACCGGCUAAGGGCAGAGAAAGAGGAGCGCAUCAACCAGAUAAUACAAGCUAGGAAACAGGAAAGAGAUAUUAAAAGAAAGCAGAUAUUCUAUUUGACAUGCGAAGAAGAAAGAAUAACGAAGCUGCGAGAAGAAGAAGAAUCUCGCAAGCGCGAAGAGGCUGAGAGGAAGAGAAAGGAGGAAGCGGAGCGCAAAGCUAAGUUGGAUGAGAUUGCUGAGAAGCAAAGGCAGAGAGAGCGGGAAGCCGAGGAGAAGGAGAGGCUGAGGCGAGACGCCCUGAUGAAACCAACCGAAGCUCCACCUCCUCGUUUCUCAGAGCCUGCCAUUGCUGCUCCAGCUGCCGUAGCCACAGCUGCUGCUGCUGCUCCAGCCGCAGCACCAGCCUCUGCUCCUAACCAGUACGUUCCCAGGUUCAGGCUUCAAACCACCGGAGGUUCGGGCUCGGGUUCAGGAGCAGCAGCACCUCCACCUGCGGAAUCUGACCGAUGGGGCGGGAGCAGUGCCAACAGGGCACCACCUGCAGGGGAUGACCACUGGGGAAGCAGGGGACCGCCGUCUCAGAGACCUGACCGGUGGGCCAGCAGCAGGGCCGCCCCUCCUGCGGCUGAAGGAGGGGACCGCUGGGGUGGCCCGAGGGGAGAACGCCAGAGCGACACUUGGCGUGGUGAUGACCGUCGACCCUCGUUCGGGAGUGGCUCCAGGGGAUCACUCUCGUCCAGGUACUCGCAACGCUGAUGAUGCGGCCGCCGUGUGUUAUGGGAAUUUUGGUCUCUCUCUCUCUUGCUGCAUGUUUUUGCAUCAUAAAACGCCUAAAACGUCUGGUGGGAUACUUUGGACUUGAAUGUUAUUGUUUUAUUUUUCGGCGAUGAGACACGGUGGUUGGUCUUUCAGACUCGGUGGUUUCGCUGCGUUAUGUUGUAAAACCUUUGCCCUGAAGGUCUUUGUUUCCAUUGUCGCGUCU